AUGUUGAAUCGACGCUGCCCACGCAAAGCAGCAUGGCUGGCCUUUGGUCUCGUUGCAUUUGCCGCGUUGUCGGCCUCCGCACAAGACACAGCUCAUAACGCCGUAGUGGAGGUGCCAGAACCAAGUGCAACGACGAUACCUGUGGAUACGACACCAGAACAGAGGCCGCUCAAUGUCGAACAGACAACUUCAACACCACCUCCAUCUGAAAACGACCAAGCAGCCGAGGCGACCAGAGCUUACAAGCAAGCACUAUCGACGUUGACGAUACUGACGGCCCAACCACCACUGCAUACCCAGGACCCCUCCUUUGCCUCAAACCCGCACGCUAAUUCCAUCCUCUCAUACUUUCUACCCAAUUUACAGGGACAAGGGCCACUCGGAAGCGCUUUUCGAAUAUUGGUGAAGUUGCACCAGCAGUCAUGGAUAACUGGCUUGACAUCAGGAUUUGCUAAAGAGGGCCUCGGUUUGGGUUCUAAACGAAAGGAUGAAGACUUACGAGGGAAAGCCAUCAAGGUCAUCGACCUACUACAACAUUCGGCUGAACUGGGAAACACGGAUGCACUCUAUACAUUAGCUCAGCUAUACAUGUUUCCUCCAAGUCCAUACUUUGACGCUGAUCCUAAGCAGGCGUACGAAUCAUACUCUGCACACGCUUCUGCUACCGGGAAUGCGUCAUCACAGGCCAUCCUAGGUUUCUUCCAUUCUACUGGAUAUCAUGGCGUAGUGCCGGAAGAUCAGGCGAAGGCGUUACUCUACUAUACAUUCGCUGCUAGUGGCGGACACAAAGGAGCACAGAUGGCGCUGGGAUAUCGUUACUGGAGUGGUAUUGGGGCGCUUGAGGACUGUAAUCGGGCUAUGGAAUGGUACGAACAAGCGGCUGAACAUUCCAUGGCGAAAUUCCUAUCUGGACCCCCGGGCGGAAGGACGCUUACCCACACUGUCACGCGUCUGUCAGACCUUGAAGGAGGUGUGUAUGGCCCAGGUGCCAGCGUUGCGUCAACCGGAAUAAAUGCUGUCCGCCCUUCCAUCAAGGCGGGCGCUGCCCGAGCAGCUGGAGAAACAUGGGAAGAUGUCCUAGAAUACUAUUUGUUCAACGCAGAUCGUGGUGAGACGGACUUUGCCUAUCGCUUGGGGCGUAUUUUCUAUCAGGGAAGUAUCUACGCCAGUCCCGGAGGUAUCGCGUCUGGGAGUGAGGGCGUAGGCGCUAUUCCACGAGACUAUACGCGAGCUCGACACUACUUCCUUCGAAUCGCCCGACUGAUCUGGCCAAGGGAUCCUCCGAACCCAGCUCAAUACGUUCCGGCGCCUGUCAAGGAAGAUGGUCGCGAGGGUGUCGGAUACGCCUCCGCGAGUGCUGCCUAUCUAGGCCGAAUGUAUCUUCGAGGAGAGGGUGUCAAAGCUGAUCCCGCGAUGGCCAAGAUGUGGUUCGAACGCGGGGCGGAGUACGGUGAUAAGGAGUGCCAUAAUGGGCUCGGGAUCAUAUACCGAGAUGGACUAGUCGGGGGUAAAGCAGACACGAAAAAGGCAAUACUUCAUUUCGUGGCCGCUGCAGGGCAAGACCUCGCGGAAGCCCAAGUUAACCUCGGAAAACAUCACUAUCGUCGAGGUGAAUACCAAAUUGCUUCCAAGUAUCUUGAAGCCGCCAUGCGAAAUGGGUCCCCUUUCGAGGCUUAUUAUUACAUCGGAGAGAUUCAAGCGUCACAAGUACGGGCGAAGACCGCGCCACCGCACAUCAAGUCGAGCUCGUGCGCCAUGGCCGUUUCUUUCUACAAGCUUGUGGCAGAACGUGGGGUGUGGGACGACGACCCAUCCAGAGAGGCAGAGCUUAGUUGGCUGGCUGGCACAGAUAAGGACAAAGAGAUCGCCAUCUUGAAGUGGUGGAUAGCAGCAGAACGAGGCUCAGAGGUCGCUCAAAACAACCUUGCCUACGUGCUGGACCAAGGUUUCUUGCUGAGAUUGACCCGCUUCUCCCCUUUCACUCCCUCUAACGAAACCGCUAAGCUUGCCCUGACACAAUGGAUCCGGUCCGCAGGACAACGGAAUAUUGAUGCCCUGGUCAAGGUCGGAGAUUACUACUACCAUGGCUUGGGUGUCAGUGAAGACGAACCAUCACGACUUAAGAAGGCGGCCGAAUACUAUCAAUCCGCCGCCGACACGCAACUAAGCGCAUUGGCCAUGUGGAACCUGGGCUGGAUGUACGAGAACGGUGUGGGCGUCGUUCAGGAUUUCCAUUUAGCUAAGCGCCAUUAUGACCUCGCACUCGACGCGAAUCCGGAAGCGUACCUACCAGUUUUCUUGUCGUUGGGCAAAUUGUACAUAAAGAGCAUAUGGCAUACGCUUAUGGGAGGCAAAGGCGGACUUAACAUCUGGAGUCUAGAGGAAGAGGAAGUUGUUGGUUCCCCUGUGUCGGGGAGUGGUGAAGGUCGCGAACUUCCAGAUGGAGGAAGACAAAGAGGUUCCGACCAGUCUUCAGUCGAGGGCGUUCCAGAUGAGCGCAUAGAGGAAGAUGAUGGUCCCUGGUAUCUUGGCAAGGCCCGAGAAGAGUUUUCUCGUCGGAGACGACACAGUGGGCGACAAGGCGAAGAAGAUGAUCCAAUCCAGUGGGCCAGAGAGCGUCGCAACGACAGGGAUAGAGACGGUGAAUUCGGGCCAGACGACUAUUAUGAUGGCGGAGUUCGUCGGGGUGAUGACGAUGAUGAGCUAGGAGAGACAGUGCUCCUUGUUCUCCUCUGCUUGACUGUGUCUGUGCUUCUCUACGUCCGCACUCGGUUGAUGGACCAGAUGAGACGAGAACAGCAGCCCCAGCCCCAGCAGCAGCAACCACAACAGCAACCACAACAGCAGGGCCACCCACCUAAUGGAGGCCCAGCGGCACCUCCAAGAGGCAAUGGACUGUUCCCCCCGCUGGGGGAUCCUGCGCGCGACGAAUGGGCUAUCGCCCGCUAA